GCAGCAUUGUAGCACAAUAGCCAAAACAUUGGACUUGGGACAAAUUUUUAAUUAAUGUAAAUAAAAGAGAUGACUAUUAACUGUAGCAAACAACUACAAAAAAAUCACUAAAGAGAGAGUCUAAAGACCGAAAGGAAGCCAUGGCCAUGUUUAAGGCGCGUGUUAAGGAAUUCGAAGAUAUUUUCGCCCAGGAUGUGAUUGACAUGAAGCAUUUGCGACAGCUGACAUUCAAUGGUGUCCCAGAUGUCCAGAGUUUUCGGGCCCUCAGUUGGAAACUUCUAUUGGGCUAUCUUGGUCCAAAGCGAAGCAGUUGGGCGACCACACUGAGCAAGAAACGUGCUUUAUACAAGCAAUUUAUUGUGGAACUCGUUCUGCCGCCUGGUCAUACACUCAAUGGCGAGGGCGAUGGUGCUACAGAUUGCAGAGAAUCGGGGGGCGUUGGCUUACAAGAUCAUCCACUAAGCGAAGGUCCCGAGAGUGCAUGGAAUACAUUCUUCAAUGACAAUGAAUUUUUGCUACAAAUCGAUAAGGAUGUGAGACGUCUUUGCCCGGACAUCUCAUUCUUUCAGCAGCCCACAGAGUAUCCCUGUGACAUUGUGGUCCACAGCGAGGGGGAACAGGGCAGAAGGCUUCACGAACGUGUAGUACCAUCAGUUCUGAGUUCAGCAAAUGUGGAACGUAAAGGACUUGGCAUGACAAAGCAGCAAAUAAAUUUGAUAACAAAACGCUCUGCGGAAAAUUAUGCCGCCAUGGAGGAGGGCCAAGAGGCCCAUUGGGAGGUUGUGCAACGCAUUUUAUUUCUCUAUGCCAAAUUGAAUCCCGGCCAGGGAUAUGUUCAAGGCAUGAAUGAGAUAGUCGGUCCCAUUUAUUAUGUGAUGGCCUCGAAUCCUGAUCUCUCGUUUCGUGCUCACGCCGAGGCGGAUUGUUUCUUUUGUUUUACAGCCCUAAUGGGUGAAAUACGAGACUUUUUUAUCAAGACAUUGGACGACGCGGAGGGCGGUAUUAGGUGUAUGAUGGCUAAACUAUCGAAUAUGCUUAAAUCGAAAGACAUAGGCAUUUAUGAUCAUUUGCGGCAUCAAGAGCUUCAUCCACAAUACUAUAGCUUUCGUUGGUUAACUCUCCUGCUUUCUCAAGAGUUCCCACUGCCCGAUGUGGUACGCAUUUGGGACUCAGUGUUCUCCGACGAGCAUCGUUUCGAUUUCCUUAUCAAAAUUUGCUGUUCCAUGAUAUUAAUGCAACGCGAAGCGAUUCUGGAGAAUGAUUUUGCUUCUAACGUGAAGCUGCUGCAAAACUAUCCACCAAUUGAUAUUAAUGUGGUACUCACUCAUGCCUUAUCUUUAGCGUAGCAUUUUAUUCGAAUAUCUUUCCGAUUUGGAAUACACUAUCCCAAAAAAUAAGUUGCACAUAUACGAAUUACCUGAGAAAGAAUCCCAAUUUCGAUAUUGAGUCUGAGAUAAGCAAUACCCUCUCCUAUCUGCCAGCCCUCCCUUUAAGCAAUCAAUCAACGAAUACAUUAAAUAUUAUGGCCAAAUGCGCACUAAUCCCUACACUAUAUUCGGGCAAAAACAAAUUUCACACACACACAGACACAGUGUGUCCUUUUUAUAUAACGUAUAAUUUUUAUAUUUUUCAUCAAUAAAACAAUGAAUUUAAACAGA